AUGAAUCGAAGAAAAGUAUUGGAAGGCAGUCGUAGGCAAAAAGCCUUGGGGAAACGGUCGAGUGUAGCUGCACUCCAUCCAAACACGAACGGAAUUGCUCACCCAAAGAGUUCGGAGCCUCCACCCCUUGAGAAAGGCAUUCAACACGGCAACGCCGAGUCCUGCAAAAUAAACCCGGAAGCUCCAGAGAUACACCCGAAACCCUUAGCCCCAAAAACAAAAUUCACAUCGAACGAUAGAUCUUCAGAAUUCUCUCCCCGAUUGAAGAGUUUCCCAGCAGAAGAACUCAGGAGGUUUGAUGCUUCCCCCCGAGUCGAGACAACACUUGCGCCUUUCCAAAUGAUCGGAGACGGCGACAUUGCGCCUCAGCCGAAUAAACUAGUUCCUCAAUCUCGAUCGAUGCAAAAUCACUCCAGUCAUCCGGAAGUCUUCAACGUCGUCCCUCUCAAAAGAUCACCCGAGAGACAGCCCCAUCGUCCUUGUGUACCAAGGCCUGUGACCCAUGACGAACGACUGAUCACGGAACACCAGUCAGAAGGAAACUUCCUGAAGACGAAGGAGCCUGAUGAGAUGGAGAGCCAGCCGGUGGGCGGUAGAACCGCUGCCGUCUUCAGACAGCAAAUCUCUGGACCUCAUCAGAAUCUCCAAGCUGCAGCGAUCUCUGAAGAUCGACUCAAUCAUAAACAACAUCAACAACACCGCAAUCACGUGCAAUUCGCUGACGAUUCUCAAGAAAUUUCCCAUGAAAUGUAUCUGCACAAUUACCCACAGCAAUUCUUCCAGUACCCCCAACAGUUUCCCGGACUGGGGAUGACGUCUCCCCAGGAUGUGUCAAUGAAUCAGAGCAGAAUGUACCAGCAACACGUUUACCCCCAGCAGGGGGGAGGUCCCUGGUUGCAAUAUCCAGGAUAUCAGUUCUCCAAUCCAUCUCCUGCCCAUCAUCAACAACAAGUUCCACAACAGCCAGACCAAGGGGAAGCUCCUUCCUUACAGCAAUAUCCAAAUAAUAUUAAUUAUCCUCUAGCCCCCCAGCAUCAUCAUCAACGUCAUCAACAAACCGUACAGCCACCACAGCAACGCGAAUACCCUCGUCAACGAGACCCGGAGGAUAAAAACCCUCGUAAAGUCCUUGAAUUCACCCCAGAGAUGAUUCGAGACCAGGAAAAACUGGUGCAGAUACUGAGGCAACAGGGGUUUCCUGAUGAAAUUAUGAAACGUCAGUUCGAUGGGCUUUUGGCUGAGCAACAGAGGCAACUGAUGUUCCUUCAUCAGCUGGAGAACCCGGAUGACAAUCCAAGGGCCUCUAAGAAUACAGAGCAGCCCAGAAGGAGAAGGAUCACUAGAGUGGACGAGGAUGAGAAACCAGAGUGGAUGAUGCAUAUCACCCCUCCCUGGGUGUCUUACGCAAGUCUCGAGCAGAGGGAGACGAACGAACAGAAGAGAGAACAGGACCAGCAGAAUCCUCAAGAGCAGGAACAAAACAUGCAGCAACAGAUGCAGCAGCAGGAUCUUCAACAACAAAAUCUGCAGCAAUUGAUACAACAAUCAGUCAAUCCAGGUGUCUAUCAACAAUUGCAAGAACAGCGGAUGAUGAUUCCAAAUGCGCAUCUUCCUGCACAGUAUCAUCAUCAUCAUACGCAGCAAGUCCCAAAUCACCCUUCGUAUCAAUACUAUCAGAAUAGUCCAAAGCUCAGUCUCCAACAACAACAGACUUUUCAACCCCAAAACAAUCAAGAGCUCAUCUCUCAAGACCGAAAAGCGAGAGUGGAGCCUUCAAGCUUACUGAAACUGAAAAUAUACAAAGACGUUGUCAAGAGACAGAGACAGAAUAAUGGACUCCAGGACGCUGCAACUGUGAAAGAAGCUAUGGAGGCCUUGAGGAACCCAGUGACCAGGAAAAGGUUGGAGUAUCUAGCCAAUUUGGAGAAGAAGGAGAAGCAGAUAAAGCUGAAUGGAAUUCAGGAUCCCGAAGAGAGUCUUCUUCAAAAUUGGCCACAUCGACCUCCAGAUUACGUUCUUCAGCAGUUGAAGAGAGAAGCUAGGGCUAAUGGACUUGAGAACAAGAGGAAUCCUGAUAAUCCUCGUCCACCAGUUCCGAUUUUCGAGAGGAACGGGAGUGAAUCAAUGCCGGUGUAUCCGGGAAGAGUAGAGGGAGAUCAGCAGUUUUACUCGAUGCAUCCAUCUCUCGGAAACGAUGGGAUUCACCAGAAUUGUGCCUCCGCCCUUAGAAAUGUAGGAGACCCCUCGCAAGGAUACAAAAAUAAUUUCCAGGCUCAUGUUAAUAAUCAAGUUCAAGGGGGCACUUCUGGGAGUCAACAGUGCUUGAAUGUUGGGAGGUCGAGCUCGGUGCCGUUUGAUAUGUACUCGCAGCAGAGGCAGGAGUAUUUCCAGGAAACCCCGAAAAGUUGUUUGAGGGGGGGCCAAGGGGAUGGGAAUGGACACGGGCAGAUUCAGGGACAGUGUUAUGUCAGGAGGUUUUUUGAGGAGCCCAGGGUCAUUGGAGGAGUGAAGUACAUCGGGAGAAAACCAGAAUUCAUUCCAAAUUCAUGUUCUCCAGGACAAUAUUGA